GUUUCACUGUAGGGCUGGCGCGAUGUGGGUGUAUCUGGCCACAGGCUUCCUGCUGCUCGUAGCCGUCGGUCAUGGGGCUCCACCAACACUUGUUUCUGACAUUACGACGGCGUUGGUGCAGUCCACUCGAUGCACUCCCACGUCAACCUCCACUGCUUGUUUGGCGUACGAGCGCUGUAAAUCCACGCAUCGGUGUGCCCGGGGGGACGAAGAGUACACGAUCGCUCAAGCGAAAUUGGAGGCCUUCGACCAGACUUAUGCACAAGGCAGUCGCGAGCAGGUUCCACUAGUGAACGACUUUGAAGACUGGAAAACAGGCGUACACCACUGGACGGUUCCGUUGGAUUGGAAAGCCCCAGUACAGUUCAAUUUGGACACGUUUGCACUUCCCAUAUUGGGAUCGUUGGAGUUAACCGCAGGCACCAUUUACAUCGACACGACCGCCGCCGUCAUCUCUGGCGACGUAUCGUUCCAAGGGCUGCUGCUGCAAACCCCCCACCGGACAGUCGUAGCAGUGUUCAACUUUCUCACCUUGCGGUUGGGAUCGAAUGUUCAGGUGAAACUCAAAGGCACUCACGCGUUGAGUUUGCUCUGUCGCAGUAGCAUCGUAAUCAACACGGCACUCGCGAGUUCGCCGGGGACGUUGGGGGGGUUUCCGGGGGGCGGGGGUUUGUCCCAGCACAACAUGAAUGGCCCAGGCAGCUCCAGCCUCCGCGUGUAUUCCCAUACCAUUCGUACCUCUGGGCAAUUGGACCCGACUGUGCAGGAGAUCCAAACGAGCGUGGCACUGGGACAAACCAUGCGUGGGACAUUCACCUUGUCCGACGGAUUCCGGGUCACUGGACGCAUUCCGUACGACGCCAGUGCGCAGGACAUGACCGCCUUUUUGGAGAUUGGCCUUGGAACGGGCAGCGUUCGAGUGACCCGAGUGGGCCAUGACGUGGCAGCCCACGGGCGCACCUGGCGGGUCACGUUCUUGACAGCGUUGGGCAAUGUCCCGUUGCUCGCCCCCACGUCGUACCUGACGGGGCUCAAGUCCACCGUACAAACAAGGCUCGUGACAGUGGGAAACCAAUUGAGUGGGGGGUUUUACCUCCAGUUUUGGGACAAACUGUCGACGUUUUUGCCAUAUAAUAUCACUGCUACCGACUUGGAACACGCCCUCCAAACGUCUUUCCGCGGGUUUAUUAACUCUGUGACUGUCGUUAAGGACAUCCCUACGUCGAUCGAACGCGGAUGCACGUGGCAUAUUCAAAUGACCACGACAAGAGGAAAUAUAUCUCCAACCAGCCCCACGGCACCCGUGACCAACGACCCGCUAACGUUUAUGACAGCAAGUAUUGCCGAGGUCGUUGUGGAUCCAGUGACCCAAAUCUCCACCUCGAAACCGCUUCUGAUUGGACAAGGCGCUCAAGUGACCAUUUCUGACACCUCUGGGUUCUCCCUGGCUUACGGCGGGAAGGGCGGGGUACUGGACGCAAAAGGCGACUUGGUGGGAGGUAGUGGGGGUGGAGGCGGGGGAAAUUACCCCACUGACGUUCAACAAUUCCCAAGACCUAUCUAUGGGGGUGCUGGCGGAGGGGCAAUAUAUGUGGCUGCCGUGAAUGACAUCACAUUUGGUCCCAAUGCAUCCAUCUCGGUGAAUGGCCAAGCUGGCGAAAAUGGCAUUUUUGCAGGCGGCGGCGGCAGUGGGGGCUCCCUCGUAAUUUCCAGUGGCACAAGCAUCCACGUGAUGGGCACGUUAUCGGCGAAAGGGGGUUUGGGGGGAAAAGGUACCCGAAGUCCCGGGGAAGACGGAUCCGACGGGGAAAUUUCCCUUUAUGCACACUCCGUGGCAUAUUCUGGAACCGGGGGGGUCUACUGCAAUACACUUCGUACGGAUGUGCAAACCCAAUUGCAGAUCACCACGGACCCAUUGAUUGGCGCGGCCCAAACCUCCAAGUCUUUAUACAUAGCCAAAAGCGUAAUAGACCAAAUCCCGACUUUGGAAGGACCGAGUUUUUACAUGUUCCCGAGCCAGCCCACCAGAAUCUCGUAUUUCAUUCGUCUGGGGUCGGUCCGACAAGGCUCACUGCAGACCAAUCGAGGGGGACUCUUCGGCCUGCACGACUCUGCAGACCCCACGUUGUUUAUCGUGGGCAUUGGAAUGCUAGAUGGCGCGUUUACGUACUCAACAAAUGCGCGAGGGUUUCCCCUCCAGCCGCUGCUCCCGGUCGUCCAUGCAUUUCAAUGGUAUCAAUUCGACAUUUUUCUCAACUGGAGUACAUGGCAGUUGGAAAUCCGAGUCAACGGCGUCACGUCCGUGUCCCACGUCCCGUUCGUUGCAGAAACCGUGGAUUUGGUGGGGUUGUAUACUUAUGACGCCAUGCAAACGUGGUGGGAUGAACUAUAUGUUGGCGUGGACCACACGAUGGCCUUCCGCUGCCCCGUUGUGAGCAAUGGCAAAGUCACAGUCGCCCAGCCUCGGCAGCGGCCACUGUGGUCGCCUUCGGUUGUGGGCCCUCCUACUCAAUAUACCCCACCGGUUCGGCACGACAGUCAUUUGUCACGCCGUCCAGUGUACAGUUCCAACAACGGAGGCCUGGUGCCGAACGACGGGCCAGGGCACCGCGUAUACUUUAACGACAUUCGUGAACCUGUUUACGACGCACAGUCGGACCAAGUCGAGUUAAUCAGUGGAGAACUGGUCGCGAUUUCGAUCUCUCCGGAUGUUUCAAUGGUCGUUCCACUGGAAACCAAUGCCGAAGGCGUGUCUUCUGCCGAGUCAGCGUUGCCCCAACAGUCACAAUAUUGGUACUCUGAAAUCCAAGUCCUAAACAACGACAGCGUUGUGGUGGGCGGCGGCAUUGGAGCGUGCUCCACCACAGACUUGAUCACAUGGAGAAACGAAGGCAUUAUAUUGCAUUUUGCCAAUCUCACCGAUCCUUUUGGUAUGAGUCAAGCGCUGUUAGCCACUCGUCCAAAGGUUGUGUUAAGUUCAUCAGGUCAGUUUGUACUGUGGGUGCACGUGGACAAUCCAAAGAACGAGAUGGGGCUGAGUGGCGUGGCGACGGCGGACUUUCCAAACGGCCCCUUUCGAUUCCAAGCUAGUUUUUACCCGUCUGCGGCAACCGAAGCGCCCGGUGGUCUAGCGAUUAACGAAACCCACGACCAAACUGUAGUUGUAUCGUCGACUAAAGACGCCUAUUUGAUUCAAAGUUAUUAUAAAACUGUGGAGUAUUGGCUGCCGAGACCCAUUAUGGACCCCUUGUGGGAAAGUGUCAAGCGCGUGGACGGCUCCGUUGAUUACAGUCUCAACUUUCACCGCGCUUUCUUCACCAAAGACUACGACAACGUGGACGACAUAUACUUGCAAAGAUUUCGAUCUGAAGACGAGCCGUGGUCGAUCACGUGCUGCGAUCGAGCUACGAAUGUGUGCGAUGCGUCCGUUUUAAUCGACAACCAGCGAUGUCCUCCUCAAUACCGAAAACAAGUGAACGGUCUCGCGCAGUUCAAUCAACCCAUUCGUUCGCGCUACAAGGACCCCCACGACCCAAACAACAAUGCAUUUCGACCCACUUCCGUGCCAUCGCACACCGAUUGGGGCUUUCAAGUGUAUAACGUCAAGACUUGGCGAGGCAAUUACUUUGACGCAUUGAGCACCAAUAUUACGCUCGUGACGUUUCAAAUGUUUGCCGGUAUGGCAAGUCAGUACGCCCUUCCUCGGUCUCUGGAGGUCACUUACCCGCCCGCGGCGGAAACAGCGACCUUUAUCAACACGACGGACCCCCCAAACAUGAUGGAUUUCAUCCUGGACACGCUGGGCGUGCAAAUGAGUCGGUCGUUUCUACAAAAGUUUGACGCGUUCGAUGUCGAACACAUGGACUUGAACUCGGACGGCAAGUUGACGCUGGACGAAGUGGCCCAGAUGGUGCAAUCUGGGCAGCAGACGCUGAGCGCCGAGGCAUUUCAGGCGUUUUUAACCGACUUGGAAGCGUUAAAACGCGAAGAAUUCGUGAAAAUGGACCCCAACCAGGACGGCCAAAUCACGUACGCCGAGUUUGACCAGUGGGUGGGACUCGAUCCAGCGUUGGCGUUCGACCGAUUCGACCUCGACAAGUCAGGGUACUUGGACGAAAACGAACUCGCGCGCUUCUUAAUCGACCGCCAACUGCCGAGACUGGACUCGAUUUCGAUCUUGCUCGAUCCAGACUUUGACGGACGAGUUUACUAUGAAAUGUUUGAGCGGUUCCUGUUCAACGCGUCGACGGUGAUGUUUCUAAACUACGACUUUGACAAGUCCAACGACCUCAACGCGAGCGAAAUGGCCCUGCUCGAAUCGGAUAUCGGCGUCAGCUUUAUGAAUGCUCCUGUCAUGUUGUCCCUCCUGCCUACCAACACCUCGACGUUGUCGUUGGAUACGUACAUGAAAUGGAUGACGGCGUCGGCAAGUGAACUGAGGGAUCGUGUGCAAUCGUUCAAGGUGGACAAUGGGCUGCACCCCACUCGACCCGAUCGAAUGACGGGACCACAACACGUAGUUGAACAACGUCGAGCAAAGUACUUAUCCGUUUCCAAGCUCACAUCGGAUUAUCUUGGUGUAGAGGCAGUGAUGGUGGAGAUGGAAGGGGAUUUUGAUGGCGACGGAGCCCUCCAGGACAUCAUUAGCUUUGCGUUAAACUUGCAUUUUCCUCCAACAUCACCGUCCUUGGUGCCCUUUCGACAGUACCUUGCUCCUGUGGAUUUUGGACAAUAUGCGAGCUAUUGGAACGGCCGAGUGUGGGAACCCCGGCCGUCUGCCCCGCCACAAUUUACCUAUGGCCAGCAAUGCACUGACCAAGUCCGUAACCAAGAUUGCUUGCCUUGCUUAUCCCAGUCUCCGUACAUCUCGUCCACGACUCUUCAAAACAUCGAGCCCACCUUGAACCAUUGCGACAACAACAAAGAGUUGGAUGCGUAUUUAAAGCAAUUCGACCACCAAGUGUCGUUUCCGCUGCGAUACCAGCAAGUCGCGCGGGUGUCGUCAGCUGGGGUACAGCCGCAGUACUCUCCAUGCUUGAAUCAAUCGGAAAGCGUGCCUUGUGAUGUGCUCAAGGUGUAUGAAGCCACCGCCACAACACCGUGGUCGCUGGCGUGGGAGGCUAGACCUGUGAAUAGGGGCACUUCGACAAAGAUCCGGGCCGGGCCGAUGCAGUUAAAGGCAGUGGGCCAGACAUUUCACGAACGAUUUCCGAAUCGCGUGCCAGAACCGCAUUUUGCCAUGUGCGAAAUCAAUUCGACGGUGCUGCCCGACCAAUACCACAACGUUCUUGGUGGUGGUUAAUUAUACUAAUAUAUAUAUGUACUGUACCUCUUG